AUGCUAUCUCCUGUUUUCUUUGUAGCAGACUUAUUGUUGGACCAACCUGUAAACGAUUGUGCACUGAGUAAGCCUCAUGAUGUAGAUGUAGAUGCAAUGCAGCAAAAAAAGCAUCUCCUUGCUCGUUAUAAGGACGUCACAAAAUAUCAGGAGGAUCUGAUGGGCUUGCCACUUGCUGGGAUCGUCGCAUUAUUAUCCAGCGAUGAGUUGCAGGUUGCAUUUGAGGAUGUAGUGUAUGACUUUGUGUUGAGGUGGGCUCAAACCCAGUACCCAAGAUUGGAAGAGAGGAGAGAAAUUCUAAGAGCAAAGCUUAUCCCCUUGAUUCGCUUCCCAUACAUGACAUGUCGAAAGCUGAAAAUGGUCCAGAGUUGCAACGACUUCGAACAUGAAAUCACUUCUAAGCUAGUAUUUGAUGCCUUGUAUUUCAAGGUUGCGGCACCACAUCGAAAACAGAUACUAGCAGCGGAAUCGGCUUCCACUAGUCGCUUCUUCAGUGAGCGGUCAUACAAGUACCGCCCUAUUAAAGUUGUGGAAUUCGAACUUCCACAUCAACAAUGUGUGGUUUACUUAGACGCGAGGCGGGAGGAGUGCGCCAACUUGUUCCCCUCUGGCCAAGUAUGUUCACGGGUCUUCCAAUUAAGCGGUCUGGGGGUUUUCUUGUCAGCGCACUGCUGUAUGGACCAACAAAGUUUCUAUCAUUGCUUUGGCUUUUGCUUUGGCAUGCUAGAGAAGAAAUCUACAAACUUUAGUGUUGACUAUGAAUUUGCUGUUAGGUCGAGGCCAUCCUUAGAAUACAUCAGCAAGUAUAAAGGAAAC